AAGCUGCUCAGUACGAAGUGCUCACUCACCAUAUCGUGCGACACUAUUGAAACAUCAGACUUGAAGUUGUGAACAGUUUUGAAUCUGAUCGGUACGUGUAUGCGGCUCAUCGUAUAUAACCUACCCAGGAUUUCACGCUAUGCAAUCCUGGUUUUGAUUGAUUUCUCUACCUUCGCUCUUCGAUAUACUCUACCAGCAAACAAUAUAACUUCAGAAUAAGCACACACUGUUCCACUUACAGUUUUCAAAAGAAUGGGAGGGCUUCUAUCCUCACCUAAAACUGACAAAUACAAUGAAACUGGUUGUGGCAAUGGACUUCGAUACGGGAUCUCCAGCAUGCAAGGCUGGCGUCUUUCAAUGGAGGAUUCUCACUGUGCCAUAACACAACUUCCUGGGAAUCUUAAGGAUUGGUCGUUUUUUGCUGUUUUUGAUGGCCAUGCUGGUGCCUUGGUAUCAGAACUCUGUGCCACAGAGCUGUUGAAGUGUAUUGUGGAUACUGAGGAGUUCAAGAAAAUCAAUCCUGACUUGGCACCUAGUUUACAAGAAGUAGAACGUGGCAUUCGCGAUGGUUUCUUAUCUUUGGAUGAUCGUCUUCGACACCUUCCUCAACUUGCUAGCGGUGAAGAUAGAUCAGGAUCCACUGCUGUCUGUGUGCUCAUAACACCUAAACAUAUUUUCUUUGCCAAUUGUGGCGACUCUCGUGCCAUACUCAUUCGAAAAGGUAAAGUUGCCUUUGCUACAGUUGAUCAUAAACCUGUAAAUCCAAAUGAGAAACAGCGUAUACAAAAUGCCGGUGGUUCCGUUAUUAUACAACGAGUAAAUGGUUCUCUUGCGGUUUCUCGAUCAUUAGGGGAUUAUGCCUUUAAAGCUGCUAAAGAUUUAGGUCCUACGGAGCAACUUAUAUCCCCAGAACCUGAAAUCACUGUUGUUGAUCGUGAUAAAGAUUUAGAUGAAAUUAUCGUUUUAGCCUGUGACGGUAUUUGGGAUGUUUUAACUAAUGAAGAACUUUGUUUACUUUUGCAAAAUCGCAUGCGAUGUGUUGAUGACUUAUCAAUGAUAUGCAAUGAAACUAUUGAUAUGUGUUUGUAUAAAGGGAGUUCCGAUAAUAUGAGUAUGGUUCUAGUGGCAUUUGAUCCUGCUCCUCGAGUAGAUCCUACUUCUAAAACGGAAGAUGAAAAUUUAGAAUCUGUUUUAGUACAACAUACUAAAGAAUUUUUGGAAAAGCAUAGCAAAACUGAAGUAACAACUGAAAUGGUUGUAGAAGAUUUACAAGCAUCUGUUGGCAGUUUGCCAUCUUCUGGAAAUUGGCUUUGCAAGAUUGGCAAAAUCCAAGAACUGAUUGAUUCUCAUCGUCUGGCUUAUUCAAAUCGUGGGAUUGAGAACCGAUGAACUCAUAUACUUUCUUAUCCUUCAUUCUCUCAUCUUUUUUAUUCUUUCUCUUAAAUGUAUCGAUUGCUUGUGUUACGUUUAUGCUUUGUAUGUAUGUAUGGGUGUUUGUAAAUAUGAUGAAUAUACUUGAGCUAAUCUACUCUUGUCUGGUUUUCAUAUGCUUAAAUGAAUAUUCUUAAAUUGUUGCUUAUAGAUCUAGUCACUCGCUGUUUAAUCAAUUGAUGGAAAGUUGUUAAUGAUGAUACUAUAGGGUUUGUACAUUUCAUCUUGUUGAAUUAUAUUCAUUUCCAUUUCCAAUCAAUAUUUCCGUCAUAUAUAUAUACUUCAUGCUCAAUAUAUCUUUAUUUUCCUUCCUUUCUAUUCACCGAAGUAUGUGUAUUAUCUUCAGUCUAUCAAACGAUAAUGUGCAGUAUUAUAUAUAUUUAUAUAUCUAUUUUUCUCUAUUUCUCCAUUUUCUUUUCACAUAUUUGUGUAAUAUAUUUCAUGUGGUUUCAUUUGAUCCUAACAGUAGUAGAAUAACGGUAAUAGUAAUAGUAUUUAUGAUUAUUAUUAUUUUUUAUGAUACUGUUGAAUUUGUACAUGAUCAGCAAAAAGAAAAAAAACACAAGUUGGUACUGCAUUUAUUUAUUACCAUUUUCAUAUUCAUAAAUUUAUAGUUUUGAAUGAGGCUAGAUUGUUUUUUUUGUUGCUACUUGGUAAUUAAUGUUGAUGUUUUGUUUCACUCAUGUUAACGUAAUUUCUAUAAUUUGUUUCUUUUAUGUUGCUAGAGGAAAAUUAACCCAGAGAUAUUCAAUAUUAUGCUUGUGUGCGUGUAUGUGAAUAAAUAUGAAUCUAAUCAUUUAAAGUCAAAGAUAUUUUUCUUUCUAUACAAAUAAGUCAUUCAUUGGUCUCAAUGUUGUCUCAUUUAAAUAUUGUUAUGAGCACUAGAUGAUCAAUAAUAAUACAAGUAGUGUUGAACAUAAGAAUUAUUGAAUAUCCGGUACUGUUUAUUCUUUUAUUAAUUAUUAUUUAGUAAAUAUGUUUACAUAUACAGAGGAGAGUAUGUAGUUAUAACAAACUGAACAAUACUAGCCAUGGGUUUACAAAAAAAAAUGAGUAGGUCCUAUAUUGUGCUUUUUUUCCAAUGUUGUACUCAAUAAAUAUGUAUCUUCAAUAUGAUAAUAUUUUGAUGCACCAAUGCCAACUUAUAUGCAUUUAAUUUGUUGAUAUAUUUUUCUUUUGUUUUUUUUAUUUAUUUAUUUACAUUGUUAUAUAAGAUGAUUAAUUAAUAACAAACUGUAUGUAACAGAAUAUUUGUAUUUGUAGUAAGCUAUUUGUAACCAGUUUUGAAGAUGAAAACUUAAUGUUUCAUUAAAAUAUUUGUUACGCGUAAAUUUAUUCACAUUAAACAUGUGUAACAGAUUUUCUUUUUGUUUUAGUGAUAUCUGGAACCUCGUUCAUUUUUAUGCAUAGGUUGUUUUUCCUUAUAUUGGGCAGUUCAAAGUUUCUGUUAGUUUUCAUUUCGUUUAAUUCACUUAAGAAUUUCACAUGAAUUUUGGAUAUUAAUUCGUUUAGUUGGUAAUUACAUAGUCGUUCAAUGAAUUUAUCAUUAAAUGGUGUAAAUCAUAACAAGACAGCUUAGUGCUCUUUUUUUUCAAUAAACAGAUUUCACAUUGACUAGACUUAUAUACUAUCAAGAAUAACGAUAAGUUAUCAGCUUUUCAAGUUAUUAUAUUGACUACUAAAAUUCCUAGUUAUAUCAACUGCACUGAAUAUUCAAAGAUAAAAUUAAGUUAUUAUUUACUGUACGAUAUUUCUGUAGUUCACCACAUAUGUACGAAUAAAGUAACCAUGUAUCAUGAAAUAGUUAAGUCAGUUUAGUGAAUUCAUGGUAAGAGCUAAAUACAAUGUCUAAUAUUACAAAUAGAGAAGAGUUAUGAAAAGAAAGAGGUAUUUUUUGGAACAGAUUAUUUUGAAUUUGUCAUUUGCAUCAUGUUUUAAUUUUGAGUAAAAUAGCAUUGAUAACCUAGAAGCGCUAGAAAGCUAUUGUCUUCUAUUUUGGGACUUCUUUUCAGUGACCACCGACAACUCUUCCAGGAAUCAGACAGAAGUUAUCCAGACCCCACAAGAUAUGAGUCAUCUUCAAACCAGAGAUGACAAAUAGCUUUCGUAUUUGUAUACUUAUAAACAAACAGUAUAAAGCUUAGAAAGUUCCUAGUAAUCUUUAUUAAAUGUUAAAUUUCAUAAGAACACAUUUGUGAUGCGGAGAUAUUAUACUAUGGAAAAUGACGAUUUUCUUAGUUCCAUCGACUAUCUUUGUUUUCGCAUAAUACUACCUAGUAUUCAUUCAACGAAUUGUUUUUUAGUUGAUCUCUUUUGUUUAUUGUCCAGUAAUUAGUAAUAGGAAAGUGUUAUGCAAG